AGAUAAGAGUGAGUAUUGUGAAUAUCAUUUACAUUUGUCAGUAAAAAUGUACAUGGUAUAAUUUAGUUUAUUUAAAUCUUAUGGUUAUGCAUGAGAAUCCAAAAUAUGGGAAAUUUAGAUAUCAAGGAUUGGAAUUCCAUGAUGAAUUGGAUUUCAUUUUUGGAGAGGCAGUGGCAACAAGUCAAGAUGCAUGGACACCAGCUAUGAGUGUACCAAUUGAAACAUGUCCCGAAAAUGCUACUCCAAAUAUGCCACAUGAAGUUAUUGAAUCUGAUAAUGAUGAUUUUAAUCUUGAAGGUGAUUAUAGUCCAGUGGAAAACACUCAACCCAAAAAGAAAAGAAAGGUAUCACAAGAUAACAAGAACAAAGUGACAAUGAGCAAGGGUAAAGCUGGGACUGCAACAGCUAUGAGAAAAAGUUUAGAGCGCUUAGUUGAAGCAGCAGAGAAUCACAAUGAAGCUGAAAAAGAAGAAAUUCCUGCCACAUCUCAUGUCCGUGGCCAAUACUCCAUCCCGGAAUGCAUUCAAGUCUUGAAAAGUCUAAAGGAGGAAAGACGUUUGGAUAGACGACAAUAUAGCUAUGCAUUAGAAUUACUUAGAGAUUAUCAAAAUAGAGUCAUUCUUAUGUCCUUAACAGAUUCAACGGCUGAUUUGGUAGAUUGAAUUUUGCUUAAGUAUGAGUCAUAUGAACAUCUCUAGUCACUUGGUUGUGAUUCAAUGGAUGAUUUGGUAGAUUGGAUUUUAUUUAAGUACGAGUCAUAGGAACAUCUCUAGUCACUUGGUUGAGAUUUUGCUUUAUAUUUUUGUGAGC